AUGUGCGCUUUCUCGAUCAUGGUGUAUGAAAGAGCGUCCAUGAACCAAAUCACUGUGGAUCACUUGGUUGCUUUGUUGGCUAAGAAGGUUUUUGAUAAGGACAGAAGCGGCAGAAUCGAUACAAACGAGCUGAGAGAUGCACUCUUGAAACUUGGGUUUUCGGUGUCUCCUGUGAUUUUGGAUCUGCUCAUUGAAAAGUUUGACAGAAGCGGAGGAAGGGAUAGGGCUAUCGAAUAUGACAAUUUCAUUACUUCAAGGAGAUCGGAUAGGCGUUAUCAGGCUCAGCUACUUUCACUUACGAGACCUUCAUGCUCACUGUUCUACUGUUUCUCGUUGCUUGAGUGUGAUAGCUUCAUCGAACUCAUUUCUUUUACGUUGCAAUAUGUGCAAACUUUUUAUCUUACUUGA